CGCUCCGGCUGCGUCCCCUGUUCAUUCGAGACUUUCGGCAUAUUCGCGACACCCAUCGCAGGCUGCAGUUAAGCAGCGCGCCGAGACACUCACAUUCACAUUCACGCAAAGCACUCAAAGCACGCAGACACGCAGGCCCUCAGAGCCGCUCCAUGGCACAAACGGACCUCGCCUCAGACGGGGUUUGUACUUUCGAUUGUUGCGCCAUGGCCAAAUCGGUGGCACCCCCGCGACAUACCAAGGGAGCCACAACCAUUGCCAUCCGCACACGCAGAAGCACAACCACAGCCACAUUCGUGCUGCUGCUGGUCCUAUGCUGUCUCUGCGACCACAACUAUGGAAGCUGGGCAUCACAGUGCUGGAGGAAGCACAAUUCCGGCUCGAUUCAAACGGCAGAUGGUGAAUUUAAGCGACCGUUUGGUAUACUCUGCACAUAUCGCUGCUUCCUGUGGUUUCCGCCAAUUUACCCGUACUGCGAGUUCAUUUUCGACCUGCGCUUAUCGAGGCACUUCACGUCUUUCCCGGACUGCUACGAAAUACGCUGCAACGAGACGUUUACGUUCUUCGGUCACGAGCAGUCGAACUUCGGACAUUGAUACCUCCUGCACCGCCCUUCUGCUGUUCCAUGUGUAAACUUUUUUCCUGCUUCCUCUAGUGCUGAUUAUUCCAUAUUUUUUUGUGUUUCC